AUGGUCAAAUCUGAAGUCGGGGCUUGGGCCUUUAUCAGUAAUGGAAAGACUGCCGAUGACCUAGAGAUAGAUAUGACUGGUGUCACUCGAAUGAUGAAGUCGUUCAUCACCAACGGCAAAGUCAGCGUUCCCGAAGAGCUAAUCAUCGAUUACAAGGCCAUCAAAACUGAAGAAGAGUUUGAGGCAACCGCUGAAACAACACGCAAAGCUUAG